AUGCUCACUCUUCUCAAAGUCGUUGCUUUAUUUGGUGCUUUAUCUGUGGUCUUCACGCAAGCCCCUGCCCCAGUCCAUCAGUGUUAUACACCUCAAUCGGCAUCACUCGAGAUCGGUCAAUGUGAAUUAGCCGUAUUGCAAUUCACUCACAACCCUCAGGGUGGUCUGAUCAAAACUGGGAGCACUACGCAGACCAAGGCUUGUGGUAAUUGUCAAGUCACUUUGGCGACUUUGGAUGGCCAUGAGACCGUUGCCAUCUCUUUACUGAACUCUUUGGACGCCGUUCGUUCAGCAUUCACUCUUUGCCGCGGAUACGGUACCGUCGUAGUCGAGUCUGGCGAACGUCAAAGCUCGACCAAUUUGACCUUGGGUCUCGGCAACGCUGGAAGAUGUCAAUUGUACUGA